AAGGCCUUGGAAAAGAAGCAACGAAGAGCCCAGUCGAAGUCGAGAAAGAGACAACGUCAACAACUAAACCCGUGCAAAACGCUACUGUUGCUGCCGCUGUUAGUGGAUUAUCGACCAACAACUACAACAUUACCAACACAACAACAAACAUCAACACAACCGCCAUCAUCACUACAUCAGCAAUACAGCCAGUAUCGCAAGAGUCAGUACAGACAAAGUCUGGCAAAGUCUUAACUGCUGCCCACACUUAUCCACAGCUUUUGCAAAACCCAACAAACACAUACAACAAUCCAUCAUCAACAGCGGCAGCAACGGCAGCAGCUACAGCCACAGCCCCAACCCCAGCCACUUCCACCUCCGCCACUAGCGCCAAAGCAGCAACAGCAGCAGCAGCAGCAGCCAACGCACCAGCACCAAUCACAGCGAUAGUGUCCACAAUCGAAGCAGCAAAUAACGCGCCAACAACAAGCUCACGCAGCCGCCAUAAACGACGCAGUAUCAGUACCAGCAUCACCACGAAUCCACACGGCAAAAGCGGUUCAUCAGCAGCGGCAGGCCAUUCGGGCACUGCCACCAACAUUAAACAGAGCGCGAGUCGCAACAGCAAUAUACGCAGUUCAUCGUCCAACAGCACAAUGGCCUCGUCCAAUCAUCGUGGCGGGGGCGGCGGCGGUGGGGGCGGCACAGGUGGCGGCGGCGGUCACGGCCAUGCCGGUUCCGGUCUACAAAUCGGCUCAGCGUGGUUUCAACGCAAAAUCAAUUUACGACCACAACAUCGAGGUGUUCAUUUAGUAACGGAGGAGAUCCUUCGACAAAUGCCUGAAUUAUCACAAUUUUCUGUGGGAUUAUGUCAUGUGCAAAUUUUACACACAUCAGCGAGUUUAGCGUUAAAUGAAAGUUGGGAUCCAGAUGUCAGAGACGACAUGGAAAUGAUGUUAAAUAAAAUAGUUCCCGAAGGUUUACCCUAUAGGCAUUCAUGUGAAGGACCCGAUGAUAUGCCUGCGCAUGUAAAAGCCUGCUUUCUUGGCAGUUCAUUGACAAUCCCCAUAACGGAUGGUAAAUUAUCACUGGGCACCUGGCAAGGUGUUUGGCUAUGCGAGCAUCGCGAUCAGGCUGGCUCGCGUAAACUGGUGAUAACACUGAGCGGGUGUCCGCGAGAGACGGCACGCAGUCCACUGUCACCGGUAUCGCCCAUUGCCUCCACCUCCAGUUAGGGAAGGCCUCGCUCCACCCGUGAUAGUCGGUAAUCGCGGGGGAGCGACAAUAAUGAACACAUUUCGUCAGCGUCGUCAAGGAAAUUAAUUUUGAAUAGAAAUUUAGCUAAUACCCAAUUAAAUAAUAAAAAAAUGAUGAUGAGUCGCCGUGGCCAUGAGGUCAAGCCUCUAGAAAUAACAUCUUCUACAACUACUACAACAACAACUUAUCCAAAUGCAGCAGCCGCAGCAGCAGCCGCCAAUGAAGCCCAUGCAACAGCCUCCUCUGCUGCCACCGCGACAACUCCAACAACUAGCGCAUUAUUAAAGGAGAGUAGACAAUUGUUGCUGAAGCAGCAAUUAAAAUUACAAUUGAACAUAAAUGUUAGUGAAAUGAUGGAUAACUUAAGACGAAAUGUUGAUGAUUACAAUUUCAUACAAUACGAUGGUGAUCUGAAUCGGAAUCUGGCUCGUGUCCAAGAAGAAGCAGAAGGUGCAGAUAGAGCAGCCCAGGUGGCAGCGGCAGCAAUCCAGGAUGCCAACGCUGCCGCCAAGCGAAGGCGAGAAAGCGAGAGUAGGGGACAAAAUAAAUUAGAUACCGUCACAACAGUGCCUCAAUUACAACAAAAAUUUAAUAAAUUUAAUAUAAUAGAAGCAGCAGCAACAACAACAUCAACAGGUGCAGCAACUACUAUAGCAGCAGCAGCAGCAGAAACAACAUUAGCGACCACAGUGUUGUCAUCGUCGUCAUCAUCAGCCGCAUUAACGUAUACAUCAUUGACACAGAAACAACCGCAGAAUACGGCAUUAGCUAAAUUUAAUCGAAUUAUUGACAAUACAGUGCCGGUUAUUAAUAAUUAUCAACUACAACAACAACAACAACAAGAAAAUGUUGCUGACACUACAUUAAAACAAACAUCAGACCAUUUACAGCAACGCCAACAAGAACAACAACAACAGCAUCAACCACAACCAAUAGCCGUAGAGAUGCCUCUGUUAAGUGAUAGUUUGAAACGUAGAUUGGCAUCACAUCAUUAUACCGACCUAAUUGUAAAUAAUUCAGAAAUUAAUUUCUCAUCCGAUAGAACCGCAACAGUCAGACAAACACCACCACCACCAACAACAACAACAGCAGUUACUUCUCAGAUAUCUUCUUUGCAGCAGCAGCAGCCGAGACUUGGAGCUUGUAAAGACUCCUUGGAGGAGGUGGCCGCCCCAAAGAAGGUGUCUGUUGAAGAUAGCCAAUUGAAACGAAAUGAUGUUCAUUAUUUGUUGAAACAAUUAAAUAGUUUUAGUGAUAUUGAAGAAAUAGAAAUUGUUGAUAUGAAGCAAAAACAGCGUCAGCAACAGCAACAAAAGCUUAUUAGAGACAAACAGCAACAGCACCAACAACAGCAGUAUGCGGGUCCACAGAAUCUUGCAACAGAAACCGAAACUUCAAUGCACCAACAGGGCGAGGUGUUAAGAGCUGAGAUCUUAACAGUUGCCCUGCCACCGCUUCUUGAUACUCACGAUACUUCGUAUGCUUCCACCCACACCACUUCUGCCUCCACACCGCAUAAGCCACAACAAGUGGCCACUUUGCCCCCUUACAUCUCUAGUUAUUCUCAACACAUUUCGGGUACAGCCCAAAUUAGUGAUCAAACACAAUGCCACACCACACAGCCACAACCACAACCACAACCACACUUUGUCCAACUUCCCCCCCGCAAUGAUUCUGUGACCGCCCUGGGGCAGCAUAUUGCCGAUGGUGGUGCUGCUGAUUUAGUAGGUGGUUAUGCCAUAGAAAGCAAGCAACAUUUUCAUCACGAACACACCGCCGAAGACGGCGCCGCCUCCUGCUCCUCCCCCCCUAAUAAGACACCCUCGCCCACAGCAACAUCACUAGUGAUAUACUCACCCUCGUCACAAUCGCACAAAGGCAUACGGCGUUAUGCCUCACUUCAUCAGCAAAAUGAUGGCGAAACACUAGAUCAGCAUGACCAACAUCAUUAUAGGCGGCGCUACCAACACCAUCAUCAUCAUCAUCAACAUCAACACAACACUCAUCAACAGCAUUGUCAGGCACAUGCGCAUCCCCAUCAGCAUCAUCCCAUGAAUGCACAUUACAUUUGUCGCCUGCCGCAUGAGCAUUACUCCGAGGGCUCAAUACUCGAUUCGGCAGCGGCCCAAGCUGCAGCCUGCGAUCCGCUGGCCUUACAACAAUUUGUGGAUGAUUACAUAUUUCAAUCCUGCCAUUAUCUGGAAACAAACAAUUUUGCCGCCAACUAUUGCACUGCCAUGGUCGAAUCGUCGUCGCAUGAAUUUCGACCGUCCACCACAACAACUACGCGCACCUCCAACGAGGAAUAUGACGAUGAGGAGUGUUAUGUUGAGGACCACUCGUCGGCGCACUCAUUCGAAUUGCAUGAAUGUGAGCCACCGACGGUCAUAUGUAAGGCUCCAGCGCCGGCGCCGGCGCCGACUGCACUACCGCCACAACAUAUACGCGCCUCAAUGCGUCACUUGAUACCACUGUCCGCAUCAACAUUGCCGCCACUACCGCCGCCUCAAGCACCCCCGUAUACAAUGGAGACACGUUUAUGUAGCAGCGGUGUACAGACUGAUUUAACGGCUUCAUCUUUAGCGCAAAGUUUUAGCCUUAGUUCAUCGUUAUCGUCAUCGGAACAACGCAAACGCAGGCAGCCCAUAUUCAAGUGUUGCUAUACCCCAUUGGAUAGAUGGCGGGAGAAGCGCCAACAGCAGCAGCAGCAACAACAACAACAACAGCAACAAAUUCAACUACAAAAACGCACAAAAACUGUUACCAACCAGCAACAGCAACAGUCCUCCUCCUCCUAUAGCUCUGCCAAGGCCGGCGCCGCCGCUGCCGCCUCUACCACCAUAACCACUACAUCAUGUUUAAAGAACACCAGUGUUGCUGUCGUUGAGGCCGGCGGCAGUAUUGUUGGUAUUGAGCAAGCAGCCAUUACCGCCACUACUUCUACCACCGCCGCCGCAACUUCAUCUCACAUUGUUCUCCAUUCACAGCAUCAUUCUCUACCCACAAAAAAUGCACCUUAUGCAGUUUGACAAAUGCCUUUGAAGCAACAGAUUUUUUAUAAAAAUGUUGCUUGCUUUCUAGCCAUUUAUAUACUCUUACCUUAAACGAUACAACAACAAAAACAAAACAACAACAAACACUAUAUAGUUUUCCUUUUUGUAAAAAUAUAAAAAAUGGAAAUUUUUGCCGCCCACUUUAACAAAAACAAGAAAGAAAAAAAAAGAAACAAAAACUAAACAAAAAAAGAAGAUAUUUAAAAGAAAUGAACAAAAGAAAACACGAUAAAAAUUAUAUUUAAAAAAGCCGCCGCCGCUGUCUUAUUUUUGUAAAUCUCUUUUUUCUCUUUUGCGAUAUCAACAAUUUUUUGCUAUUUCCUUAAACUUAAGAAGAAGACGAACAACAACAGCAACAAGAAGCAGAAGAAAAUAACAAAAAAAAAACUACAACAACAACUAAUUUUUUAUAACCUCUUAUAAAAGUCCUAUGCGCCCUAUCCUACCUGCCCUACCCUACACCAAACCACAAAAACAAAAGGCCUUUCUCCCUUCCUAUUUCCAAAAAUCACUGAGAAGAUUGCAGAAAAAUAAACUUAAACCUCUCAAACUAGAGGAGUUUAGGUUUAUUUUUUUGCAAGUAUUUACUACUCUCUUACUCUCACUCUCUCACACAACAACUACAUAAAAUCAUUUCUCAAUAUCCUAAAAAUGUAUCCCGUUAUAAAACAAACAGACAAAAACAAACUUAUGCAGCAGCAGCAAUUAUUGCCUAUGCCGCUCUAAAAAUGUUCUUCUCCUUCUUUUCUUUUGUUUGUUUUCUUGAUUAUUGAAUUAAUGUUAUAAACACAAAACAUUGUAACGCCAUCUUUCUAUUGUUAUUUACAAAAUAAAGAACCGAACUUUAAAACUCAACUCAACUUCACACACUUCCACACACACACACGCAACCUACAGCCACAACAAAAUUCUUAAAGAACAGCCACAAACUAAAAACAACAAUCACUUGGAAUAGGUAAAAUAUAAAAUGUCUCACUUAUAAUCAUCUCUCUCACUCUUCCCCUCUGUCUCUCUCUCAGUCUCACUAUGCUAUCACUUUUGUUCUCAUACACACAAACUGCUUACGAAAAAUUGAUUUAUUUUUUUUAAUUUCAAAUGAAGAAAUGUUAA